AUGCGACAAUCGAUGCGAACUGGAGCUAUUGCAGCUCUUGCUGCUUCUGCAGCAAAUGCCGCCUCCCUUACCGAUGUUUGCACUGUUGCGAAUGUCCAAGCUGCUCUACCAGCAAACGGAACCUUGAACGGCAUCAACCCAAUCUCAUCUUCCGUUACUGCCAAUGCAGUUUACAAUGCCACAGUUAGCUCUGCCACUUACAGCUACUGCAACGUUACCGUCUCCUAUGCCCAUCCCGGUAAAGAUCAAGUCGUUGUUUGGUACAAUUUCCCUAGCCCAGAUAGUUACAAGAACCGUUUCUACGUCGCCGGUGGAGGUGGAUACGCUCUGAGUGCCGACCCCACUGGAGGCUUAAUCUACGGUGCUGUUGGCGGUGUCACUGAUGCAGGUUAUGAUGCUAUUAGUGGUAUCAAUCUCGAUAGUGUUGUCUUAACUGGAAAUGGAUCCAUCAACUGGGAUAACAUCCACAUGUUCGGAUACCAGGGGCUUGGUGAGAUGACUCAACUUGGAAAAGCCAUCUCUCCAUCGUUCUACGGUAGCAACGCAAGCGCAAAACUACAUACCUAUUAUGAGGGAUGCUCUGAUGGUGGACGUGAGGGUAUGUCCCAAAUUCAACGUUAUGGUGCCGAGUAUGAUGGUGUUAUUACUGGUGCCCCGGCUUUCCGUUAUGGACAACAACAAGUGAACCACUUAUUCUCCAACGUUGCCGAGGUGACGAUGGAUUACUACCCACCUCCUUGUGAAUUGGAAAUGAUUGUCAAUAUGACAAUUGCUGCUUGUGAUCCUCUUGAUGGCCGUACCGAUGGCGUCAUCUCCCGGACUGAUCUUUGCAAGCUUAAUUUCGACAUGAACAGCACUAUUGGUACUGCUUACUAUUGUGCAGCCUCAACUAGCAGCUCCCUUGGAUUUGCUUUCGGUCAAAAAGCCAAGAGACAAAUGGGUCAAGCUGCUGCUGACACCCCCGUUCAAAACGGAAUUGUCUCUGCUCAAGGAGCUGCUCUCGCUGCUCGUCUUUGGGAUGGUAUGUUCAACUCCGAGGGAGAGCGUGUCUACGUUCCAUGGCAAACAGGCUCUUCUUUUCAAGAUGCUACAACCACUUAUGAUAACACCACCGAUUCAUGGGGACUCAGCAUUGCUUCUACCGGAGGAGAGUUUGUAACCAAGUUUAUACAAAUGGUUGAUAUCGAUAACCUUGCUUCGCUUGAGACUGUUACUUACGACACCCUCCAAGAAUGGAUGCAAGAAGCAAUGGUAAAAUACAUGGACACUUUACAAACCACCCUGCCUGAUCUCUCUGACUUCCAAUCUAACGGAGGAAAACUCAUCCACUACCACGGAGAAUCCGACGACAGUGUCCCACCCUCUUCUUCAGCCCACUACUUCGAGUCCGUCCGUUCCAUCAUGUACCCCAACCAAGCCUACAACGAGUCUGUCGCCUCUCUUAAGGCAUGGUACAAGCUCUUCUAUGUUCCAGGAGCCGCCCAUUGCAGCACCAACACUCUUCAACCCGGUCCUUACCCAGCUGAUAACAUGGCUACCAUGAUGGAUUGGGUUGAGAAUGGUAUUGAGCCGGAGAGACUCAAUGCUACUGUCGCCAGUGGUACUUAUGAGGGAGAGGUUCAAAAGCUUUGCGCUUACCCAUUGAGACCUAUCUGGGAUGCCGAGGGUACUUUGUCGUGUGAGUAUGAUCAAGCUUCCAUUGACAGCUGGACUCAUACCUUUGAUGCUUUCAAGCUCCCUGUCUACUAG